UCCAGCAUUCAGUAGCUUCUGGCUCGUCGCUCCACACACAUACUAGCAAAACAGUUGCGUCAAGCAGAGGUGAUACACGCGAGCAGGCCAAGUCUUGUAACCUGUGGUAGUGAACUUGAUAGGCACGACGGCGGCCUUUGCAGAGUAUUCGUGUGAGUGGGGUGACAAUUUCGGCGCACUGGAGGACAGCAGAUACAGCUCGGGCGUGUCGCCAUGCCCACAGAGCAACAUGGAAUCUCCGCAGCUCUACGAUAGUUCGGACUACAAGAAGAGUGCCGCUGUUCCACUCAAGGUCAAAGGCAACCUGUUGUACCCUAACGAGGAGUACGGCGACUUGGCGGAGCUAAGCGCGCCGGAAAUCUCCCUCGACCUACACAACCUCAUCGACGACUCACAGUUCAACGAGGGCUUCAUCCAAGGCAUCGAGAGCCUCAGCGUCGACAAAUCUGCCGCCCCGCGGGGCCUCGGCGCCAACAACAUGUACAACCCCCUCGCCUACCUGCCCCAGCCCGUCCACGGUGCCACCCAGUUUGACCGACAAUACCACGAUCGCGGCCACGACCGUGCCCCGCCAAUCAAGGAGGAGCCCCAAGACAACCACCCCGAGCUGGCGCCACACGAGUACAGCUCCUGCGCCAGAGUUGGGGCUGCGGCGGCGGCGGCGGCGAACUAUGGGGCAGCGACGGCAGGCUACCCGACGAGUGUGCCAGCGUACAACAUGACGCCCACGACGGUGCCCGGUGCCGAGUCCCUGUGCAGAUCGCCCCUAAGGUCCCCGUCGAGCGGCAAACUGAUGGCCGCAUGUAAGAAAAACGUCGACAAAGGCAGUGAGGAGUACAAGCGAAGGAGGGAGAGGAACAACAUCGCCGUCAGGAAGAGCAGGGAAAAGGCGAAGGCGAGGACCAGGGAGACCGAGGAGAGAGUUAAGAAGCUGGUGAUGGACAACGAACGUCUACAUAAGAAGUGUGCGCUGCUGAGCAAGGAGGUGGAGGUCUUCCACUCCAUGUUCGCCAACGUCCACUGUCUGCCGGAACACGUGCAACGGGAGCUACGCAAGCAGAUGGAGGCGUUCAAUCAGCAGCACCAACACCUGGUGAACAUGUGAUCCCGGCCCGGCCCUGCCCCGGUUCACCCCGCCCGCCGCUCUUCACCCCACGGCGUCUGUCCGCGUGACACGCGUCUAUACUCCAGUCUAGACGCGCCAACUCCAUGGCCAGAUGAACUGAAUGGCACGGUAGACGACAGGCGUGGGCUGGUCCGAAGGGGCAGUUGUCUGGACAUGCUGUAGAUCACCUAUCGCUGGGGAAGGGGGGCGGGGUGACUACUGAUCACUCGUCCGGGAGCCAGCUGACACUGGUUCAGGUGUGUCGCCGGGCCCCAUCACCACGAGGCGAGGCACCUAGGGGCGGGGGCUGCGCCACUCCCUGUCACCGUACUGUAUAAUUUAUAUAAGUUAAGUUAUAAGCGCCUGGAGGGAGCGGCGCGGGGUGGGGAGGCUCGUCGUAGGAUGGAGAAGCCCCUUGUGAUAAACCCCUCUGGAGCCACUACAAAUGAUGUCAUCGACUAGUUCUUAGGACAGGUGUGACACGUGUGCCCGAUCCGCGCAAAAUAUUUUAAAGAUAAGAGGAAAAGUUUUUGUAAUUAUGAUAAAAAAUAAUAACUUAAUAAAAUUAUAUAUAUGAAA